AUGGUACUUUUUAUCCAAUGCUAUAGUCAGUUCUAUAUUUAUCUGGCUUGGAGUGUGGGUUUAGACAGGGUAGUAAUAAUAAGUAAAGAUUGUUACUUAUAGCUUGGAUGUUCCCACUGACCCAACCAUCACUGCUGGUCUCACCACCCUUUAGCUAUCUCCAUUGCUAGAGCAUUGGUUCCUAUUAAGAAGCAAGUUAUUUUCGAAAGAAAAAGAAUGUGUACUGUUGUUUGUUCACUUGUGCACAAAAACUGUGGGAGAUUUAUUUCUACAUUUCAUACAUGCAUGCCUUUAUAACAACUUCAAGAUUUCCCAAUUAAUGGCAAUCUCCUGCAUUUUACCCUCUAGAGUGAACCCCGAUGGUGGGGUUAUGUUAAAAAAGGAUUAUUAUAAGUUUAUGGGUAGAUUUAUUUCAUACGAUGGAAUAAGUUUCAAAAUUUUCCCUUGUACUCUGUUAAUAUUUAAUUUUAUCUUUUUUUUUAUACAAUCCUAUACUUCAGAAUUUACAUCAAUGCAAUGACAUUGUGCAGGUGGUAACUCGGGAACCAAUAUAUUAUGGUCAUGCUGAUUCUAGUUCAAAAAAGUAAUUGGUAAACUGGGCUCUGCCAUAUGCGCAGCGCUACAUUCAUAAAUUUCAUACCGAUAAAUACGAUAAACUGAAGCAUUCUGGUUUUGAUAUUUUGAAACAUCUGAAAGUCGUUGUUGUUGAGAAGCUGUUCUACAGAAAUGUUAUAAAGACCUGUGGCAUUGUGUCGAAAAGACGAGUUGAAUGUAGUUGUCUUUUGCAGGGCAACAACUUUUACACCACUAAAGAAUCAGAUUAUCAUUCAUUAUUCCUGGAGCUCUCUAGUUUAUUAUUAGAUAGGACUUCUGAAUUGCACAUGGCAAAUUUCCUUCAUAUGAUAACAACCAUGGCAGAAUCUGGAUCCUCUGAGGAGCAAAUAGAAUUUUUCAUUUUGAAUAGCCAAAAAGUACCCAAACUUCCGGUUGAAGAACCUGUUUGGACUUUGUCUUCUGUUUCUUCACUUGCAGAGUCUGAUACUUUGAAACCUUCAGAUCGUGUUCCAUCAGCAAAUGAACAGAUCUUUCAAAGAAGGAAGACUGCAGUAUGCCCCAACUGGCCACCUGCUGAUUGGAAAACUGCACCAGAUUUCAGUUAUGCCCGGGCCAAUGGUUUCAAGACCAAACCAGCUCAGAUUAGCAGCUUUUCGGAAAUGAAGAAGGAUGAUAUUUCUGGAAGCAUAAUUUCCCCACCAUUUUGUGCUGAACAAGAAUCACUUACUGUUGACUGGACCAUUAAGGAAGAUCCAUCAGCAAGUUCUGUGGCGCUAGUGUUGCAUAAUAAUGUGAACUUUGAAGAUCAAUCAUGCAAUCUUUUUGAGCCCUCUGCUGUUAGUAUCCAUGCUGAUUCUGAUUCUGUUGGUUUGGAUGAAGCUAUAGAUGAAUCUAUGGAUGAAGCUCAUUUUAGUUUGCCAGCAUUUUGCAACAGAGAACGACUACAAACUGGCACCUUUGAUGCUAACCAAGGGAAGGUUACUGGCAGAUUAGGUGAGUUUCUUGCAUGCAAAUACUUUGUUGACAAAGUUGGCAAGACUUCUGUAAGGUGGGUUAAUGAAAUUAAUGAAACUGGACUUCCAUAUGAUUUAGUCAUUGGGGAAGAUAACAAUGAAGAGUUUAUAGAAGUCAAAGCAACCAGAUCUCCAAAAAAGGACUGGUUCAACAUAUCUCUGAGAGAGUGGCAGUUUGCAAAGGAUAGAAGCGAAUCUUAUACCAUUGCAUUUGUUGCAUUAAUGGGAAAUAAUGUCGCAAGGAUCACCUUAUUCAAAGAUCCAGUGAAGUUAUGCCAACAAGGUGAGCUGCAAUUGGCUGUUAUGAUGCCAAGGCAACACAAGGCGUUCUCUGUUGUCUCAUAGCCUCCAUUCGUGUUUAUUAUAUUGGGUGUACAAACUUGGUGAAUCUAAUAUUAAUGACUUGCAAAUGCAUAUCAUCUGCAUCCUGGCUUGGCAGAGAGAUCUGAUUGGAUAUCACUUACGCUAGAUAUGUUCACUUAAGUUGUACACAAGAUUUUGCUGCUACAUGGGCAUCUUUCGUUCUUUUCAUGGAGGAUUCCUAAUGCAAAUAAUGUGGGAGUAAAUAGCAGAAUUUUUUCAUCUUUUCAUAUUCCUAGAUUCAGUUUCACUUAGGUCUUCUAUAUUUUAAAAGAAUUUAUUGUCAGCUUCAGCUAUUUGUAUGUGUAUAUCUAGCGUUUGUGCCUUCAACAUUUAUGUAAAUUUUUCGUUUAAUUAUGCGAACCUCAUGGUCCAGCCGUCAAACAUGUAAAUAAGAACUUGUUUCCAUUUUGUAGGUAACAUGAUAGCCCCAAUUUGAUUUUCGAUGAAUUAGCUAAUUUUUGGGAUAUAAAUAUGUAUUAUUCUACUGAUUU